AGCUCGUGCCCGCGCUCCCUCCAGCGGCCGCGCGCCUCCUCCCCUCCUCCGUCUGCGAGCGCGCGGGAGCGAGCGUCAGCAUCCAAGGACGCACCGCGGGCUCGCGAGCUUCAGGUCAUCUGGAAGUCCGCGAGCAUCAACCGACAGACACCGAGUACCGGGACCAGCACCGAGCUGAGUUCACCGAGCAGAAGAGGACAAGAAAAUGUCGGUCAGUGUUUCUGCUGCCGAAUGACGCUGUGAUGAAUCAACAGGACGAGGCGCGAGACCACGGCAACAGUGUCAGCGGGGUUUAAACUGGGACUGAAAAACCACACCGGGGGCUUCCACCGGUUCAGCUCCUGACUCAUUCAUUUAUAAAAACCUGGAAGACCCGAGUCACCGGACCGGACCGGACCGGACGAAAGCCAGCGCACGGGACCGCGCUGGCGCUGGGCACACCGGCGGGCAUCACCGUGAAAUCAACAGGAGCCCGACCGAGCGACGCAGCUCUGUAACGGAGACAUUACCGGCAGCACAAACACAGCAGACAUGGAGCUCCGGGCAUGCUGCUCCUCACCGUCCUGCAGUGCUGUUCGGUGGCUCGCUGUGGCUGCGAGCCUCGCCUGGUGAACAUCGGCGCUGUGCUGAGUCAGAAACGCUACGAGCAGGUGUUUAAGGAGGCGGUGAGCCAGGCCAACACUCUGUACGGGAGAGACAAGUUCAAGAUGAACGCCAUCUCUGUCACACACAAACCCAACGCCAUCCAGAUGGCUCUGUCCGUCUGUGAGGACCUCAUCUCCAACCAGGUGUAUGCAAUCCUGGUCAGUCACCCUCCACAGUCCAACGACCACCUGACUCCGACACCCGUCUCCUACACCGCCGGUUUCUACCGAAUCCCUGUGGUUGGCCUGACGACUCGCAUGUCCAUCUACUCUGACAAGAGCAUCCACCUGUCGUUCCUGAGAACGGUGCCUCCGUACUCCCACCAGGCUCACGUCUGGUUCGACCUGAUGAGAGAGUUCAGGUGGAACCACAUCAUCCUCAUCGUCAGCGACGACCACGAGGGACGAGCCGCUCAGAAGAGGCUGGAGACGCUGCUGGAGGAGAGAGAGACCAAGACUAAAAACAGGAACUAUGAAAACCUCGACCAACAGAACUUUGACUUCAGGAGAACACCCAAGGCGGAGAAGGUGCUGCUGUUCAGCCAGGACACCAACCUGACGUCUCUGCUGCUGGAGGCCAAAGACCUGGAGGCCCGAGUGAUCAUCCUCUCUGCCAGUGAGGAUGAAGCUGCAGCAGUGUAUAAAGCCGCCCGUCAGCUCAACAUGACUGGCUCUGGUUACGUCUGGCUGGUCGGAGAGAGAGAGAUGACCGGCAAAGCUCUGAGUGAAGCUCCAGAUGGCCUGCUGGGCCUCCAGCUGAUUAACGGUAAAAACGAGUCGGCUCACAUCGCGGACGCCGUGGCCGUGGUGGCGCAGUCUCUGCAGGAGCUGUUUGAGAAGGAGAACAUCACGGAGCCUCCGCGGGGCUGCGUCGGAAACACCAACAUCUGGAGGACCGGACCACUCUUCAAACGGGUGCUGAUGUCAUCCAAGUACCCCGAUGGCCUGACGGGACGGAUCGAGUUUAACGAUGACGGCGACAGACGCUUCGCCACCUACAGCAUCCUGAACUACCAACAGAAACCAGGUCGCCUUGUCCAGGUCGGAGUCUUCAACGGAUCACAGGUUGUGAUGAACCCUCAGAGGAAGAUCAUCUGGCCUGGAGGAGAGACAGAGAAACCAGUUGGAUACCAGAUGUCGACUAAACUGAAGAUUGUGACGAUCCAUCAGGAGCCGUUUGUUUACGUGAAGCCAACAAAGACUGACGGGACGUGUAAAGAGGAGUACACCGUCAACGGCGUCUUAAUCAAGAAGGUGAUCUGUACCGGACCCAACGGGACCAUCCCAGGUCAGCCCACCGUCCCUCAGUGUUGCUAUGGUUUCUGCAUCGACCUGCUCAUCAAGCUGGCGAUGAGCAUGAACUUCACCUACGAGGUUCACCUGGUGGCUGAUGGGAAAUUUGGCACGCAGGAGCGAGUGAACAACAGUAAUAAGAAGGAGUGGAACGGGAUGAUGGGGGAGCUGUUGGGAGGUCUGGCCGACAUGAUCGUCGCUCCCCUCACCAUCAACAACGAGCGCGCUCAGUACAUCGAGUUCUCCAAACCCUUCAAAUACCAGGGGCUCACCAUUCUCGUCAAGAAGGAAAUCCCUCGCAGCACUCUGGAUUCAUUCAUGCAGCCGUUCCAGAGCACACUGUGGCUGUUAGUCGGUCUGUCGGUCCACGUGGUGGCAGUGAUGCUUUACCUAUUAGACCGGUUCAGCCCGUUUGGAAGGUUUAAAGUGAACAGUGAAGAAGAAGAAGAAGACGCCCUCACCCUGUCCUCCGCCAUGUGGUUCUCAUGGGGAGUACUGCUGAACUCUGGGAUAGGAGAAGGAGCUCCCAGGAGUUUCUCAGCGAGGAUUCUGGGUAUGGUGUGGGCAGGUUUCGCUAUGAUCAUUGUAGCAUCAUAUACUGCCAACCUGGCAGCCUUCCUUGUGUUGGACCGGCCUGAGGAGCGCAUCACUGGCAUCAAUGACCCCAGGCUGCGUAACCCAUCAGAUAAGUUCAUCUACGCCACAGUGAAGCAGAGUUCGGUGGAUAUCUACUUCAGACGGCAGGUGGAGCUGAGCACCAUGUACCGGCACAUGGAGAAACACAACUAUGAGAGCGCUGCUGAGGCCAUCCAGGCCGUCAGAGACAAUAAGCUUCAUGCCUUCAUCUGGGACAGUGCUGUGUUGGAGUUCGAGGCAUCGCAGAAGUGCGAUCUGGUGACAACAGGAGAGCUUUUCUUCCGCUCCGGAUUCGGGAUUGGAAUGAGGAAAGAUAGUCCGUGGAAACAGAAUGUUUCUUUGGCUAUUCUCAGCUCUCAUGAGAACGGCUUCAUGGAGGAUCUGGACAAGACAUGGGUCCGAUACCAGGAGUGUGACUCCAGGAGCAACGCCCCCGCUACCCUCACCUUCGAGAACAUGGCAGGUGUGUUCAUGCUGGUUGCUGGUGGCAUCGUCGCCGGGAUCUUUCUCAUCUUCAUUGAGAUCGCCUACAAACGACACAAAGACGCUCGAAGGAAACAGAUGCAGCUCGCCUUCGCUGCUGUGAACGUGUGGAGGAAGAACCUGCAGGAUAGGAAAAGUGGUAGAGCAGAGCCUGAGCCCAAAACCUCUUUUAGGUCCAUCACUGCGACCUCCGACCUCAAACGCCGUAGGGCCUCCGGGGACGCCACGCUCCAUCGUCUCCUUGGUGACUCAUCAUGGCCGCCCGUCUGUCAGUCAGCCAUCUUUACCUUCCCGCCUCCAUCAGCUCACCUGUCCCUCAGACAGACUGAAGACAGAAAGCGUCCGCUUCGAUCCGUCCACUCAGCUCGUGUUGUUGCCGGGUUUCAUUUCUCCCAGCGAGUCGUCCUCUUGCAAAGGAGAAGCGAAGAGGGUCAGACUGUGUGGUCUCUUUUCUCCUGUGGACCUUUCGUCCUCUCAUCCCUCCUCUUUGUUUUUGUCCUGAUGUUUGUCGCCGUCCUGUCUGUUGUCGCCGUCCUGUCCGUCCUGUCUGUUGUCCCUGUUCUGUUGUUUUUUCCUCUCCUGUCUCUGUCCCGUCAUCUCGCCAUCACUGUUGAUGCUCUCAAAACAUCCCACAAGCCUUUUCAGAGAGGUUUCUUCUUCUUCUUGCUAACGAUCAGCUCUUCGUCCUCACAGGUCGGCCCGCAGAGACUCAUUUUUCUCUCUAGCUCGUCUCAUUAUCAGCGAGACGGCGGUUUCAGGAGCCGGUGAAUUAAAGCUGUCAGACACCGUGAUGUUUCCUGGCUUCUCCCUCGGCUAAUAAACGACAUGUUGUUCCAGCUCUGCUCUUCCCACAGGUGCCUCGGAGCCGAACUGACUUCAUUAAACACCUGUCGCUGCUAAUCAUUUCUGUCAUCAGUGCUGAGGGCUGAGUCUGUGGCCGCCGCCCGCUUCUCUGCUUUCUUUCCAGUCUCAGUUUGGAAGAAACACGCCAAACUCAAAAAGAAAGUCUUUGAUGCACUCUUAAAAAAAGGUUAUUCCACCUCUGCAGAGGACAGACAGGGUUUGUCUUCCCAGCUCUGAGGUGUGUUGUCAUGGUGUUCAGCUUCUGAAAUCUUUUUUAAGAGUGCAGUAGACGAAGCCGCUCUCCUCAGACUUCUCAGAUCUUCUGUGUUUCUUUUGUCUUUUCGGCCAUUUUGCAUCCCCUCUUCCUCCAGAUGUCCUGUUUGUUUAAUGUGAAGGGAAUCAAAAUGGAGCGGGACGUCUUUUCUCAGGGAUCACCCUCUCACGCGCCGUCUGUUACUGAACAUUCGGACAUUUAGACGAGGUCACUGAAGUGUGUUAAUGAUCGGUAACAGACAGCCGGCUGUACUGAGUCAGGCGAGGUGGGGGAGAAGCCGGCGAGAGUCUCUAACUCAUUUCUCUCUGUGAUCAUCUCUCUUUAUUUUCUAUAUGAGUGUUUUCUCUCUCAGUGGAUUUGAAUGGUGUCCAGACUACAUGCUGUACACACACACGCUGCCUCUGUCCUCCUCUGCAAGCACGACCGACCUGUAGACCGACUUCCUGUCCAGACUUCCUGUCCAGACUCCUGCAGAACCCCUCGGGAGCUGCAGUCUCUGCUCACAGCAUUUCUUCCAGGGCCAAUCAAUAUUUAUCAAGCGAUCUGUUGAUUGCUUUCUCAGCGAAUUUAGGUUAGAAAUGAGCCAAAAGUCUUCACGUCUUGUUUUGUCCAAAGCCCCACGAGGACGAGUGUCCGACUGAAAAAUGACUCAAACGAACGAUCGAUUAUCAGAAUAGUUGUUGAUUCAUUUUCUGUCGAUCAGCUCGUUCAGGACUAAUUAACAAACUGAACGAUAUGACGUCAGUGUUCUCGGGAGCUGGAUGUGAUUUUGGUCUCUGUUCAGGCAAAAUGGCACCAAACCUGACAACCGGGGGCGACCGGGAAUGUUUUCACGGCGCUGCUGCAGAUUUCAGAUCAGUUUCACACGUUUGAUUAUUGUUUGAAAGCUAAAAAAAACAACCAACUCCCUAAACGCUGGAAACACAGCUGACUGAUGUCGCUGCUGUUGCUUGGCAACAAGACGGGACAAAAAACUGUAAAGCCACCAGAAAAAAGGCACAAAACAAAAACCAGCAAACAAACAAGUUACUGAGGUCCAGACGUUAUUACCACAUUUGUUUCUAUGGCAACCAACAGGUGGAG